UGUUCUUCGGGAACGCGUUGUACAUUUGUCUCUAGGAUCUAGGGGGUUUCUUCGUGUGGCCUGCACCAACCUGAGCUUGAUUGUCAGUGUGUUUAGCUAAAAUCCACUAGCAGAGGUGCAGCGUUGAUCCCUGAAUGUUCGUUCCUGGUCGUGUUCGGUGCAAGGUAGAGUUGAUCAGCACAAUGUACAGGGUGUUACAGCCUGCAAUGAGCUGGCUGACACGUAGUAGCUUAGACUACAUUUGAAACGCGUCUAAUUCUUCCGCACGUGCAUAUUCUUCCGUCCACAUGCAGUGCUCGGUAGCUUAGAUUGUACACAGAUUCUACAUUUCUGCACCUACUUGUGAAAAAUCAUUCGGUGAAGUUCACAUCCACAUAUGCAGCCACAUUUUAUCGAGCACCUGUGAAUUUUGCGUUAUUGUGCACCCAGCAGUGCAAACCCUCAUCCACGUAGAUCGAAACCAGUUUCAGAACAUGUUUCAUAGUGUCUGCAUCGCACGGAGUCUAGGUGUGUAGAACGCCGGUGUUGAAUUCUUCUAGCAUGCCUGCCAUAGCUGAAGCCACUCUGUUUUCAUGACACCGUCAGAGUACCUGGCUUUCGAGGUGAGAAUCUGGAGACCGGAAUGAAAGCACCCUCUCUCGGGUGAACAGAGCGAUCAGGGAUGGCAAUUACAAGCAUGGGAGGGUACCCUUGCCAGAGCGCAAUGCAGCAGCUCAUACGCAACGAGAGCAGCUCGGAUUCGUUGGCUGCAAUUCUCACUCCCUGCUCCCCUCAUGUGGGCCUACAAGCGCCGCCACAUGUAGGAGGAUCGCUAGAAGACGCUGUUCUUGUAGCGUCGGAGGGAAGCAGACAGAAGCGUCCUUUCUUUGCCACAUACGAUGCCCCGACGGUUGAGGAUGGCCCAGUUGAGGACGAUGAAGGUGCCGAUGACUCUCAAGGCGCUUCACAGCUCGAGAAGAAGCGGAGGCUGACUUUCGACCAGGUGAGGUCGCUGGAGAGGAAUUUCGAGAUGGAGAACAAGCUCGAGCCUGAACGGAAAAUGCAGCUGGCCAAAGAGCUCGGGUUACGGCCUCGUCAAGUGGCGGUGUGGUUCCAAAACAGGCGAGCGAGGUGGAAGACGAAACAACUGGAGCGAGAUUACGAGGCACUAGCCGCGGAUUACAAGAGCCUCAAGCAUGACUACGACCUCGUGCUGGCAGAGAAAAACAAUUUGAAAGCUGAGGUGCAACGUCUAUCCGGCAAGGCGCCAACCUCUCCUUGUGCUGAUGGCAAUCAAAUCGUCGCGGGUGAAUCUGCACAAACCCCGGAAGUAGACGUUGAGACUUCGGAGCUUGUUGCAAGGCAGCACACCUCCAGGUCAACUCCAACCGUGGACGUUUCCCUGGCGUGCGUGAAGGACAAAGACUUCGAAACCAGUGGUUGCACGGACGGGAACUCCAGUGACGUGCUGGACGCCGACAGUCCCCGAACCACCGAUAGUAGCAGCCUCUCGGCGAUGUCGGACCAUGAUCAGCUGAUAUACAGCCAUGAAAUCCCACCACCCGAGAGCUUCAUGGGCCUUUCUGGCAUGCUACACGACGUCACCGUGAAGCUGGAGGAAGGGAGCGGCCACGGGUUCCACGACGACAAUUCUUCUAAUUAUUUUCUUCUCCAUCUGGAGGAUCAAGCCGGCGUGCUUCCGUGGUGGGAUUGGCCUUAAAGCAUUCACGGUUUUCUGUACAUAGAUCCACGUCUGGGCUGAACGAUUUCACCUCAAUUUUCCAAGAGGAGUUCAAGUAUGUAUCAUGACUUACGUUUGCCGUCACCAACACUUCGCGGGAGCUUCAUCCCGCCGACUUAUUGUUAGCCGUUUAUGUACAUUUGCAGAGUGGAUUUUGUGUCACGUAGUUUGAACUUGCAGGAGUCAUUGGAUCAUCGGGUACUUUGUUACUAGAUUUCAAGAGUUUAGCACACAGUGGCAGCGUCGGAUUAGCCUUAGCAUCUGUUCCAAAGAGGUCCGAUUGGUCUAACCAAUCGACCGCGACUCACAGCGUCAGGCAUGAUGCAUUUCAGCCAUCACCAUCCUGGAAUACUUCAGCAUCGUCAACAUCGGACAUGUAAUCACAUCUCCGAUCACAUGAUGCAUGUUCUUUUGGUAGAUUGGCUCAUGUUGAUGUAUCUAUCAAAGGCCCGCGCUGCGCUCUUUGCAGCAAUUUUCCCUCCGAAAUAAAAACCAUUGGAAUUCACGAUUUGUUCA